AUACACAUGUGCGUUUCUUGAUCCCGCUAGUGUUUCCGUGCCCGUAGUCAGAAAAUAAAAAGAACCGAGCGGGUGAAAUUUAUCCAUAUUUCAAUGGUAAAUAUUUAUGUUUUCCCAUUCAAAAUAUGUGUAAAGUGUGCCUGUGAAAGCGCCCGACAAAAUAAAAAUGGAAUUCGCUGCAGGGAAGUGAAAUUUGAUAGCUAAAUUUCGAUUGGAAAAUUGUUGAAUCGACUCGUCUGUCGAUUUUACUGCGGUUCCAUUUUGGCCGACCGAGCAAAAGACAGGCUUCUGUGCUUGUGUGCGUGCUUGUGCAAACGGAAAGAAGAAAAAGUGCCGUGGCCUUCUUCGAUACUUGUUUCUCAAUUACGGUCGGGCGGGAAUUGUUAUUUUUUUACUUUUUAAAACGCACAAUAAUAAUAAAAAGUGACGAAAAUAUUGUUUUAAAAGUGGCACCUAUUGACGGGUGUGUGCGUGACGUUGGUAGGUUUACGGCGACACGGUUUUUCCAUGCCCGUACAAAUGGUUUGUGAUUCAACUUCAUUGGUGAGUGCGGCACUCCGCGACUCAUUGAGCUCGUCGUCUGGCUCAUCGUCAAGUAGCGGUAUCGGCGGAAUAGGCUCCACAUCUGGCAACAGCAGUAGCGGUCCAUCGUCAACCUCCCUGUUCGGUUCAUCGGGGAACAGUUCCGGCUUUCAAGAAUCGGAAGAUGAAGGAUUUGAUCGCAUCGAGAGCACCCUGAGUGCAGCAAUCCGACGGAACCAGCUUCGCCCCGUCCGGUAUGAGGAAGUGUCAAACUAUAGCAACGAGCUGAACAGUCUGAAAUCCAAAUACAUCGUACUGAAAACCACCGCCAGCAGCAAUGGCAUCAACGAACCCGGUAGUGUUGGUGGAUCAGGAACAACCAACGAAAGUACCAGCACCAACACCAGCGGACCGUCGAUGAAUGGCGGUAUCCACUCGACGAUGACGACCAAAAUGACCACCCCUGACACCUCCAGCAACGGAACCGCCAGCGGUGGUGGCUGCAAUUAUCAAAAUGGUACCACCACCCCAUCGGGAAGCGGAAAGAACCAUUUGCCCUCGCCGAAACGGGUGCUGUACCCCCGGGAGAACGUACAGCUGGGAUGGAAAGCCAGUGGUCGCAAAUGGUUAACCGGUGCCGGUAUGAUCAAUGUUGGUAACACUUGCUACCUGAACUCGACCCUGCAGGCGCUGUUCCACGUUCCAGCCAUUGCCAACUGGCUCGUAUCGGACAGUGCCCAUCGCGAACGGUGCGAUGAUAGUAAUGGAUGUAUUAUUUGUGCAAUGGCCAGGACGCUGUUGGCAUCACAGAGCAAUCAAGGUGCAAUCAAACCGUACUUGGUUUACUCGAAACUCCGGUUGGUAUGCAAACAUCUGGUCCCCGGACGUCAGGAAGAUGCACACGAGUUCCUCCGCUAUUUGAUGGAGGCAAUGGAGAAAAGUUAUUUGUCACGGUCCAAAAAUGGAAAAGACUUGGAACAGUACAGCAAAGAGACGACUCCGUUGAAUCAAAUUCUCGGUGGUUACUUACGGUCCGAGGUAAAAUGUUUAUCCUGUCAGCAUACCUCGACGACCUUUCAACACUUCGAGGACUUGCUGCUGGAUAUUAGAAAAGCGAAUUCCAUCGAGGAAGCACUCGGUGGGUACUUUGCGCGUGAGCGAUUGGAAGAGAUGCAGUACAAGUGUGAAGCUUGUAAGAAAAGAGUCGCCGCGACUAAGCAGUUCUCGUUGGAAAGAGCACCAUUCGUUCUCUGCAUCCAGCUGAAACGUUUCUCGAUGCUGGGCGGGAAAAUCAAUAAGCAUGUGGAGUUGAGAAGAGAACUUGACCUGACGCCAUAUUCAGCCAAAUCGGCAGCUUCUAAUGGCAGGUUUACUUACAAACUUGUGUCGAUGGUUACACAUUUGGGAAACACGCAACAUUGCGGUCAUUACACUGCCAUUGGGGGCACGGAAAGCGGUACCUACUAUGUGUUCGAUGACAGUUCUGUCAGACCAACCUCAAUUCAGAAUGUCACCAGCACAAAUGCUUACAUUAUUUUCUACGAACUGGAAAGUGUUCAAAACGGCAUCAAUAAACCUAGUGCUAGCAGCACUGCCACAUUGGCAACAUAUGCCAACGCAACCGGGAGUUCCCCCGGGAGAAUGGGAAAUAGUACUGCAGUUGGAGUUGUCCAAAGCGGUGCUGGUUCCUUUGCUAACUCGUCGCCUCUUAGACUUCUUAGCUCUAGCGGCAACGCUAACCACAGCCCUCUCCACCCGAGCAAACUGGAGAACCGAUCCGGUUUCAUUGGCCCGCUAUUACCUCAACAAACAUCGGAUAGAACAAAGAAGCUAGCCAGCGAGCUGAACGGCCCCUAUCAGGCGAUGGACGAGGAUGAGGGCGAACUGAUGAUUUCAUCAACAUCCAGGCUUUCGCCAGUGUCAUCUACCACUUCUUCACUAUCCUGUCCGUCGCCGGUCAAAACGCAAGGUUUCAAUAACCUAGCUAACAGUCCUUCAAGCAGCAAACUGGCGAAAAAUUCAGUUACUCAAAUCUCGCCCACUGUGAAGAACAAAUUCGGCAUGAGCAAUGGUAUCAGUGGUACCAACGGUAGUUUUAAGUCUUCUUCCACAGCAUCCCCAUCUUCCUCUUCUACUACUACUGCUACUACGCCAUCCUCCUCGUCGUCUGCACUGCUAUCGAUGCCUAAACUUUGUAAUAGUCUCACAGCCACGAAAAAUACGGCAGGGGAAAGAUCCACUGAAGGACCGACAUCCACCAACACUACCACCUCCAGUCCGAGCAAGAGUGCUACAUCCGCAACGUCGUUCUCGGCCGGUACCGGCAGCAAGAGCAGCAUCACCAACGGUCACAGCAACAAAGCGAUCAGUUUAGUUCCUUACGAUGACGAUGAUGAUGAGGAUGACGGCGAGAAGUAUGCCAAACGUCGCAACGUUAGUGGUUUUGCGAGUCAGGACAAUGAUUGUUACGAGGAUGUUGAUAGAACACACUCACUCGUCCGGCGCGGUUCAAUUGGCAAGAAAGUACCGGAUCUGAUCGAAGAGGAAGAAUCUUCAUGUUCGCCGAAAUCACCUCCCGUAAUCAAGACGAAAACCGGUCUGUGGAAGGUGAGUGAUAACACUGUUCCUAUCAACAAUAACAGUAGUAGCAGCAGCAGCAGUAGUAGUGCAAACAGCAGCAAAAAUGCAUCACCGUCCACAUCCGGUAAUUCAUCUCCGGCUAACUACAAUCAUGCCAAUGGCAACGGCGGAGGUCCACUCGCGACUGGAUAUCAAACAAGUAGCUACGGCAAUAGCAAUGGCCGUCAAUCGAAUGGUUCCAUCAACGGCUACUACACCAAUGGUAACAAUUACAACCGGAACAGUGACGUUGUAAACCAGCUGCAAAAGUACUCUCACCGUGGCUACGGAGCUCCAGUCCGUAGCUGGAAUGGUCAGGUAACCAACAUGGAACGCGAGCUGAUGAACGAACGGCGAGAAGAUCUGAAACGUCAGCGAGAGGAUGAUCUUGAAACGGAGAUGGAUCGUGGUCGAACAAAGAAAGUCAAACCUCAUUACUAUUCCCACGAUCAGCGUGACAGUCAGAUGCAAAAUCCCUUCCAGAGUUACCAGGAUCACCAGACGAAUGGUGGUGGUCAUAAUCGGAACAAGUGGAUCAAUCACAGCAACGGAUUCGGUGGGGGCAAAUUCGGUGGAGGGCAGCAGCACUUUCAAAACCGAGGCAACAAAGGCUAUCACAACUAUCAGAACGGAAAUCACGGACGGAACAACUACCAGGGGUUUCGUAAUGGGGGUCACGGUCGCAAUGGGUUUUAUAAUAAGUCGCAUCAUCAUCAUCAGCGUGACAAUGGCGGUGGCAAUGGCUUCCGUAAUCGAUAGGCGACAACGACGGUCUAGAAAUGUACGGGAACUGCUGCAGUAUGAGGACACAACCUCAUUAGACUAAAAGGAAGAUUUACGUUGUUUGUGUACCCACUGGACGAGGCCGGAGCGGGAUACGAAUAGUAUAAUCGAGAGAGAAAGAGAGAGAGUUCAGUUUUAAUCGAAUCAAAUUUUACUUUUAGUCAUAGUCCCUUCCUUCCUUCCCCCCUCCGAUUACUACUGAUGUUUUGUUGAAUAAAUGUGUAAUAAGUGAGAGAAAGCAAACCUUCAAAAGGGGAAUAAACGCGAAUGAUUUUUUUUUUCUUGUUGACGUAAAGUAGAUUGAUUCUUGUUCCCAAUUUCCAACAAAUAAUCCACCAGACAGAAGCAUUUUAUACAGUUUCUCAAUCAGUAAAAAGCGAACUAUUUUUUUAAAGGUGCGCUGUUUUGGUUUGCAGUUUGCAAAUGGAAAAGCAAAACUGUGUGGUACCGCUUGUAAAUAGAAUACAAUCCUGAUAGCACUUACUAGUACUAGGCUUUACCAAAACAAAAUUCGAUGGAUCAUGAUCAAUUUGUAAUGAAUUCAAUUUGUAAAUAGAGUAAAAAUAACUCAUUCAUAAGGAAAAGGCAAGUAAAAAAUACCUCCCCAAGAAAUAAGGUAUUUUGAAGAAAGAAGGACAAAAUGAGAAAAAUACAUUUAUACCUGCCAACUGCAAAACAGUUGAAAAAUAGACUAAAUAUUAGCAAUUAUUACUAUACCGCAUACCUACUAACCUAACCGUAGAAAUGAUUAGUCCAAAUUCAUGCAAGGGUCCCGUUCUAUUGAUUGGCCGUUGAUUACCAUUUCUGUUUUUUUUUUGUUUUCAUUUAUCAUGUGCAACCUGACACACGCUAAUUCUGCACUAGGACGGAUUACUUUCCCGAACGAAUCAGACGCUCGUUUGGCACUCAAUCCCGCAAUCCAUCAUAAUGUUGUAUAAGGUUCAGACUGUUCCGUUCGUUUUUUUUUUCGCGACAAGAAUGGAAGCAAAACAGUUCCUUAAUGUUUUAAUAACCCGUCAAUUUUUGUACCCAACCCAGAAUUAUUCGAACGAACGGUGGGUUCCAAUUUUUUUUUCUAAAAGACUUACGACAUCCAUAUGCAUGAUGAUAGUUAAAGUAAGAAAUGUUAUCUAACAAGGAAAUGCAACGUAGUUUUAUAUACCGUAGUAGAUAUAUUGACAGCGACACAGUCAGAAACAAUCAAAUGUGAACAUGCAAAAAAAAACUAAGAAUGCAGAUGGUAAACAAAUGAUGACGUAAAGAAUAUUGCCCUUACCGGAAAUGGUGUUGACAAUUUGGAAAACAUAAUGGAAACCUGGAUUGCAAGCUAUCUUGGAUGGAACGGAAGAAAGAAACUAGUUACUGUAAAUAGGCUACAUAAUAAAUUAUAUAUCUUUAACGUAUAAUAGAAGGAAAUGAAAAUUGAUGCAUUACAUAGAUUGAAGAAAAAAUGGAUUGGCAAAACAAGCAAAAAAAACAGAUGAUUGAAUGUAAAUGCGUAAGUUGAUUAAUAAACCAUAAGUUAAUUAUCAUACUGAAAUAA